AAAAGGCAUCCCCCACAUUUUUGACAUCACACGCCGCGUUACGGGUCUGUAGUUCUCUCCCGUUCAGGCACCUCAUGUCACAUGGCGAUUGCAAUCGUUAUAUAUUCCGCCGACUCUCGUGUAGAGGAUUCGGUACAGCCCCCUUCGAAGAUGCUGUCAAUAUGGACUAUACCUGGGGCCGUCUGCCGUGCGAAGGCCUUGGCUUUUCAUUCGGGCGAGAAGCAUACGAGCUUGAGGCAUACAGACAACAAGCCUCACGACGAGAGAAUUCCCAAGGCGAUAGAACACAGCCAACUUCAAGGGAUGAGCGGCUUCGGCACCAACUCUCAGGAGAUAUUGGGGGGUUUGCAGCUCCAGGCCAAGACGAUGAAAAUCAGUCUCACCAUCCUCCAACCAACUCUCCUCAUAAUUCCACCUGCUCCAUGCAUCAAACCUUCAUCCCUGCAAUCCCUCGCGCUGAUCUCACGUCUGAGCCCUCGUGUCUGUGCAUGCCGCUGACUAUGGUAAUUCCCUUCUCUAGAUGGCGUGCCCGUCGACGAUCAGCCAAGGAGCUCAAAGCUCGCCAUGAGGAAAUCAUGAAGGAGCAUCAACGGCUGCAGGAGAUCGAAAAGCGGUACCAGGCCGAAUUGCCACAUUACGAGGAGCUGCAUAAACACAGCCCGCGGGUUCUGAGCGAGAGGUUUGAGCAUGCACAGACAAAGGAUAUUCGACCCGAGCGAGUCGACCCCCAGAGAAGCGUCGACAUGAAGUGA